AUGGCUCAAUCACAAUCACAAAACCAGAAUCACACCCCUGCAGCAAUCAACUAUGUUGUUACACCUUCAGUUGUUCAGGAUGCAGCAUGGUACAUGGAUUCUGGAGCAACAGACCAUGUAACCUCUGAUUUUGCACAAUUAAUAGUAAGCACUAGCUACACUGGAAGUGAGCAGCUCCAAGUGGGAAAUGGGAAUACUCCUCAGUUGAUUCAAGAAACUAUACAGAAGCUCAACACUCAAUUUCCCUUGAAGAUUCUUGGAUCUUUAAAGUAUUUUUUAGGCUUUGAAGUCACACGAAAUGCAUUUGGCCUAUACAUGAAUCAAGAAAAGUAUGCAAAGGACAUUCUAAUCAAAACCAAAAUGGUUGAUUGCAAACCAUGCUCUGCACCAAUGGCAGUAGGCACUAAACUGACCCCAGAUGACAAUGAAUUAUUUGAUAAUCUUGCACUUUACAGGAGUACCAUUGGAGCCUUACAAUACCUUGUACUAUCCAGACUAGACAUUGCCUAUUCUGUCAAUAAACUGAGUCAAUUUUUAAAGCCUCCAACACAGUUACAUUGGCAGGCUUGUAAGAGGCUACUCAGAUAUAUUGAAAGGACUUCUAAUUAUGGAGGUCAUUUCACCAAGAGUCAUCGGUUUCAUCUGGAGUGUUUUACUGAUGCUGACUGGGCCAGCAGCCCAAAUGACAGAAGAUCAACAAGUGGUUGUUGUGUGUUCCUUGGCCCCAACUUAAUUCAGUGGCACUCUAGAAAACAGAAAGUUGUUGCUCUGUCAUCUAUUGAAGCAGAGUAUAGAGCCCUUGCACAGGGUUUAACUGAGCUUGCCUAG